UUUAAUAAUAUUUUCUAAUGAUUUAUUUUAAUUUUCCAUAUUUUCUACUUUAUUUAUUUCUCCUCCUUUUCCUGCAAAACCCUAAAUUCACAUCUUAUGAAAGUAUUUCUGAAAUCACACGCAAAAAUUUUUAAUUUUUUCAUUGUUAUUGUUAGAAGUUGUUAAUAAUUUUUUUUUGGUGAAAUUCUGUGUCUGCCAUUGAAGCUCCUGUGCAUGCUCUGUAAAUGGUGGAUUUUUGAGCUCACGGAACUGCAGCAAAAAUUGUAGCUAUGGAUUCUUGAUAGUUUAGGAUUCAGAAAGGGGCUUUGCUGUGUUUCGCUGUUGCUAAUUCUGUUUUGAAACAUUUAGUUGGUUUUUUUUUUUUCCAGUUUUAAAAUAAAUUCAAUUUUUUGGGCUCUUUGCUUUUUGCAUUUAGCUUAACAUAUCGUACUUGUAAAGAUCAAAAUUUUUUUCGAGUGUUUUUGUUUCCAAAAAUUUUUGAAUCUUUAAUGGGUUGGUAUUAGGGUUUAAGGGGUUUAAGGUUUAAAGCCUUUUGAGGGUUUUGGUUUUUUUUUUUUUUUUUUUUUUUUUGGUUGGAGAUUAAUAAAUAUGGAGGAGAAAGAGAGCUCGGCUUCUGGGGUUGCAGUGAGAGGUGAAGAAGCCCCAGAGAGCUUCAGGGUUGCACCAAGAAACGAAAACCCUAGCCAAUCAGAUGGACCUACAGUACCUCCGGCAACAGUUACGGCCACGGAUUCGCCGGCGAACGCGGCGGCUACUGGUACGCAAGUAAAGAAGAAGAGGGGUAGGCCCAGAAAGUACGGUCGCGACGGGACUGUGUCGCUGGCAUUGUCUCCGAUGCCCAUUUCCUCUUCGAUUCCACUCACCGGAGAUUUCUCAUGGAAACAACAACGGGGUAAAGCGAGGCCCAUUGAAUCAGUCAAGAAAUCGCAGAAAUACGAGACUUUUGAGAAUUCAGGUCAGAGAAUUGCGUACUCUGUUGGUGCAAACUUCACACCUCAUGUGCUCACUGUUAAUGCUGGCGAGGAUGUUACGAUGAAGGUUAUGUCAUUCUCUCAACAAGGAGCUCGAGCCAUCUGUAUACUUUCUGCGAACGGUACCAUUUCAAAUGUUACCCUUCGUCAGCCUACUUCUUCUGGCGGUACAUUAACAUAUGAGGGUCGUUUUGAGAUACUUUCCUUGUCGGGAUCAUUUAUGCCAACUGAGAAUGCGGGAACAAAGAGUAGAUCUGGUGGGAUGAGUGUUUCUUUAGCGGGUCCAGAUGGUAGAGUGGUGGGAGGAGGGCUUGCUGGUCUGUUGAUAGCUGCUGGCCCUGUGCAGGUUGUGGUGGGCAGUUUUCUACCAGGUCACCAGCAAGAGCAAAAGCCCAAGAAGCAAAGAGUUGAGUCUGUAUCAGCUGUUAGUCUUCCCAUUGUCACUACUAUCUCCUGUGAAGAAAUUAAAGGAGGUUAUGGCGUAAAGCCAAUCUUGACAUCUACUGGCUUCCACACGGACAAUUCUUCUACUGUGAACACCAUUCAGGGCUAUAAGAACACAGCUCCUGAGAAUAAAGACACUUCUACUCCUCUGAACCACCCAAUUCAGGGCUAUAACAAUUCAACCCCUGAGAAUAAAUCUUCUUUAGCAGAAGAGGAAUCUAAAGGCCUUAGCCAGCCAAACUGUGAGGUUUCUUGUUGAUCUUUGUUUGACCCCUGUGUGAUUUGUUGUAUUACGAUUGUUUUUCUGUAGUCUCAAUUACAUUUAGGCUUAGUCAACUUUCUGACACCAAAUAUAUACACUCAUUGGUAGUUAUGGGUGCUAAACUAGGGCUUACGUCGUGUUGGUUUUUAACCCAGAGUUGUACUCUUUUUCUUAUUAGGAAUUAGGUAGAGAAUUCUGAUCGUUUAGGACUUAUUUUCUGGCUGUUGUCAUCAUGUAUUCUAGUGUUGUUGCUUUUAUUGGUGUAUCAUUUGGAUGUAUGAAUCAAGAUAAGUCAUUUGUCUGAUUCUAAUCUUUGUAUCUUUAACUGUUGAAUUUGAGUGAAUGCUUGUUUUCUUUA